AUGUCCAGGCCUACACAAACGGAGGUGAUUGGGGAUAGAGGUAUCAUAGCACUUGGCAUAGCAGAGAAUGCUGUGAUGGCAGACGUUCUAGCUAACCACAGAAGGCGGAGACACAGAGUGAGCAUUCUUAAUGAUAUUGAGGAUGAGAUUGAUAAACUGCGAGAUGGAGGGGUAAGUGAAAUGGACGAUGUUCAGCUGUGGAGAAGCGUAGAGGGAAAAUUUGUAAACAGGUUCUCAACUAAGAAGACUUGGUUACAGUUGAGAUCUCGGCAUCAAAUAUGUUCUUGGAGCAGAGGUGUAUGGUUUCCUCAGUCCACUCCGAAGUACUCAUUUAUGCUCUGGAUUGCAAUGAGAAACAGAAUGCAAACAGGGGAUAAAAUGCAAGCUUGGAAUGUUGCUAUAAACACAGAGUGUGUUUUAUGCCAUGAAGUUCAAGAGACCUGCUCACAUCUCUUCUUUCAGUGCCCCUACUCCGCUAAAGUCUGGAAGUCAUUGGUUAAGGGGCUUCUAAAGAACGAAUUCACCACUGAUUGGAAUGAUAUCGUAGCAAAAGUCGCUGGAUCGAGCUAUCCCUCAACAGAAAUGUUCCUCAUCCGAUACUCAUUGCAGGCAGCAGUGCAUAGUAUAUGGAGAGAAAGGAACUCAAGAAGACAUGGAGAAGAACCAAAAGAUGCUACAACUCUAAGCAAACUUGUAGAUAAAACAAUUCGGCUACAUCUACUUGCAGUCAAAGCGAAGGGUCAGGCAUUUUUGGAGAGGAGUUUGUGCACCUGGUUUGGCACACGAGAUGUUCAAGCCCCAUAA